AUGCGACACUCUCCACAAGCGAUCAAAGAUUCCAUUGUUCCAGAUCAUGUGUGGAAUGAGCUGGUCUUUUGCACACGGACAGGGCUGGCACCCAAGGGGUCGUUGGCAGCCUAUAACCAUUCCGAUCACACCCUGUUACAUAUACCUGAAAAGGGGACCACGUUUAUCCAAGAUAAAAUUGCGAAACGGUUGGCACAGCAAGUGGAAGCCGAUCUCCUUAGCUUUGAUUCUCAGGAUUUUCUAUUCUUGGCAAAAGAUAGUUACGGAAAAGCCAUGACAUUACUGCCUAUGAUGUCUCCUCUAGCCAAUCAGAACAUGACCGCCGUGCUGGCUAUUCGUCCAGGCAUGUCGAAAUCGAAAUCAUCACGAGCCACCACCACCGCGGAAAAACAUGCGUCGGUGAUGUCCGAAGACGACGAGGCAUUGGAUGCAGAUUAUGGAACAGAAGGACCGGUCUAUCUGAGCGCCGAUGACGAUUCGCCUUCUCAGCAGAAUACCCACGAUCAGGAACUGGUGACUCAGUUGCUCAAAGACCAGUCUGGUGCGUUACCAAAGGUGAUGGAAGGCGUGUCGACUCGGUACAGCUCGCUGUUCCGACAGAUGCUAUCGAAGCAGAUCAAUAAGGAGAAGGAUGUGUCCCCGACCCUUCGUCCAAAGGUUGUUUAUUUGAGGGAUUACGGUGAAAUGCAUGAUAUGUUUGGAUCGGUGAUGCUCAAAGCGCUGGUCACCGCCGUGGAGGAUCUCAAACAAAAAGGUCAUCCGUUGACGAUUCUGGCCGGAUAUUCGCCAUCGCUGCGUUCCACCGAUAACGAAAUGCAUAUCGAUGAUGUGCCUUUGUUGACAGGCAUGAAGUGUAUCACUGUACCUCUCCCGUUGCCUCAUCACGAGUCGUUCAAGUCAUGGGAAGUGCAACUGACCAAGGAUGGAGCCGAACGCGUUGCGGAAAUGAACGUGCGUCAAAUCCUAGCUGUGUAUAGCCAUAAACAUCUGCUAAGCAUGAAACCCUUGGAUGGUGUAUCAGGACUUGACAAGGAACUAAGUCAGCUGGAAGGUAUCCAAGAUGAAGUCUGGGCCAUGGAAGAUGUGGAUCGUUGCGUGACCACCGCGGUCGGCAGUGCAUUGCAGCACAAGAAAUCAAGACCGGAUCUGCAGGAUUUUGCAGUAGCCAAUGAAAUUGUACAAAAAGGAAUUAAGUUUCGACGGGACACCGCCAAGCUUUUGGAACGUCAACCCUUGCGUCUCGAUAAAGACGGUACCAUCAAUAUCGACGCGUUAAGAUCGAGAUGCGAUGACUAUGAAAAAAAGUUGUUGUCCCGUAUCGUAGAUCCCUCGAAAAUCCAGGGCUCUUUCAAGGAUGUGCGAACUUCUUCUGUUACGAUUGAAACGUUGCAGACACUGAUCAGUUUGCCGCUGAUCCGACCGGAUCUUUUCCAGCAUGGAAUUUUAAAACGCAACUUCAUAUCCGGUGUAUUACUAUUUGGUCCACCAGGAACAGGAAAGACCAUGUUGGCUAAAGCCGUCGCCAAGGAAAGUGGAAGUCGAAUGUUGGAAAUUCAAGCAAGUGAUAUAUAUGAGAUGUAUCUCGGUGAAGGAGAGAAAAAUGUAAAGGCUUUGUUUUCGCUGGCUCGAAAACUGUCGCCUUGCGUGAUAUUUAUUGAUGAAGUGGACAGUCUGAUGAAUCGACGACGGUCGGAUGCUACCUCCAACAGCCAUCGUGAAAUUAUCAACCAAUUUAUGGUGGAAUGGGAUGGUCUCACCAGUGAUAAUCAAGGCGUCAUGGUGAUGGCAGCGACAAAUCGACCGUUUGAUUUAGACGAUGCGGUAUUGCGGCGGAUGCCCCGACGAAUAUUAGUGGACUUGCCAAAGGAGGAAGAUCGUGCGCAUAUUCUGCAAAUGUUAUUGCGGGAUGAGCAACACAAAGUCUCUGUGGCGGAGCUGGCACGGGUGACGGAGCAUUAUUCUGGUUCGGAUCUGAAAAAUCUGUGUGUUACGGCGGCCUUGCGUGCCGUUCAACAAGAAGUGUCAACCAAGAAGAAACGGGUACUCGGUCAAGAGCAUUUUGAUCAAGCCUUGAAACUGGUACCGGCAAGCUCAGGCGAAGACAUGGAUUCGGUGAUUGAAAUACGAAAAUGGGCGGCCAAAUACGGUGACGGUGAUAAAAAGAAGAAACCUCAUCUUGGAUUCGCGUAG